GGCGGGUCCUGUGGACACGCCCCCGCGGCCGGUCCUCGCCCCGGGACGCCGCCGGGCCCGGCCCCGCGCACGCAACGAGCGGGGCAGCUAAGCUGCGCCCCGCGCCAUGGCAGCUUCAGGGGCGGUUGGAAGAUGUGACAUCCUCAUCGUCUACAGCCCGGAUGCCAAGGAAUGGUGCCAGUACCUCCAGGACCUCUUUCUGUCCAGCCGGCAGGUGCGGAGCCAGAAGACGCUGACUUAUAGGCUAAGCCCUGAUGCCUCCUUCUCGGCCAAGGACCUGAACUUCUUCCUCAGCACGCGCUGCGUGGUUGUGCUGCUGUCUGCCGAGCUGGUGCAGUGCUUCUGCCAGCCGGCCCUGCUGCCCUUGCUGCAGCGAGCCUUCCACCCUCCCCACCGCGUGGUGAGGCUGCUCUGCGGGGUGCAGGAUGGUGAGGAGUUCCUGGACUACUUUCCAGAUUGGGCGCACUGGCAGGAGCUCACCUGUGACGACGAGCCCGAGACCUACGUGGCAGCGGUGACGAAGGCCAUUUCUGAAGAUUCUGGCUGUGACUCAGUCACCGACACCGAGACUGAGGAAGAGAAGGUCCCUUCCUACUUGAAGCAGCAGAACCUGCCGCUGAAGACUUCACCUGGGAACCUGAUGGUGGUGCAGCCGGACCGUAUCCGCUGUGGGGUGGAAACCACUGUCUACGUCAUCGUGAGAUGUAAGUUGGAUGAGAGGGUGACAACAGAAGCAGAAUUUUCUCCUGAGGAGUCUCCCUCAGUCAGGGUGGAAGCCAAGCUGGAGAAUGAAUACACCGUUUCCGUGAAGGCCCCCAGCCUUUCAUCUGGGAAUGUUUCCUUGAAGAUCUAUUCCGGAGAUUUAGUGGUGUGUGAAACUGUGAUCAGCUAUUAUACUGACAUGGAAGAAAUUGGGAAUUUAUUGUCCAAUGCUGCAAAUCCCGUGGAGUUCAUGUGUCAGGCCUUUAAAAUCGUGCCCUAUAACACAGAGACCCUCGAUAAACUGCUCACCGAGUCCCUGAAGAACAAUAUCCCUGCGAGUGGACUACACCUCUUUGGAAUUAACCAACUGGAAGAAGAAGAUAUGAUGACAAAUCAGAGGGAUGAAGAGUUGCCCACCUUAUUGCAUUUUGCUGCAAAGUACGGACUGAAGAACCUCACUGCCUUGCUGCUCACCUGCCCAGGCGCCCUACAGGCAUACAGUGUGGCCAACAAGCACGGCCACUAUCCCAACACCAUUGCUGAGAAACAUGGCUUCAGGGACCUGCGGCAGUUCAUCGAUGAGUAUGUGGAAACUGUGGACAUGCUGAAGAGUCACAUCAAAGAGGAACUGAUGCAAGGGGAGGAGGCUGACGCCGUGUACGAGUCCAUGGCCCACCUCUCCACAGACCUUCUCAUGAAGUGCUCCCUCAACCCCGGCUGCGACGAGGAGCUGUAUGAGUCCAUGGCUGCCUUCGUGCCCGCUGCCACCGAAGACCUCUAUGUCGAAAUGCUUCAGGCCAGUACAUCUAAUCCAGUCCCCGGAGAUGGUUUCUCUCGGACCACUAAGGACUCUAUGAUCCGCAAGUUUUUAGAAGGUAACAGCAUGGGAAUGGCCAGUUUGGAGAGGGACCUGCACCACGGUGGUCAGGAGGAAGAUGUGUAUCACGUGGUGGAUGACGAUGAGGCCUUUUCCGUGGACCUAGCCAACAGACCCCCCGUCCCGGUGCCCAGGCCAGAGGCCUGUGCUCCUGGCACUCACCACCUGCCUGACAAUGAACCGUACAUUUCUAAAGAGAUAAGAAAACUGAGGCCGAGACAAGCCGAGCCUCUUGUCCAAGAUCACGUGGCUCCCAAGUGGCCAAGGCAGGAUUUGAAUCCAGCGAGUCUUCUCCGGAGUCCAGGGAGCCUUAAUCCCUAUGCAUUCCUACCACCAAUUUUUGCAGAAAAAAGUCAAGACCGGCCUGGGAAUUUUUACGUUUCCUCAGAGAGCAUCAGGAAAGAGCCUCUCGUCAGACCGUGGAGGGACAGGCCCCAGUCGAGUAUAUAUGACCCUUUUGCUGGGAUGAAAACGCCAGGCCAGCGGCAGCUGAUUACCCUGCAGGAGCAGGUGAAGCUGGGCAUCGUCAACGUGGACGAGGCUGUGCUCCACUUCAAAGAGUGGCAGCUCAACCAGAAGAAGAGGUCGGAGUCCUUCCGCUUCCAGCAGGAAAAUCUUAAACGACUAAGAGACAGCAUCACCCGAAGACAGAGAGAGAAGCAAAAAUCAGGAAAGCAGGCAGACUUGGAGAUCACGGUCCCAAUUCGGCCCUCACAGCCCCUGCCUGGGAAAGUGGAGUUUGGAGUCUAUGAGAGUGGCCCCAGGAAAAGCAUCUUCCCCCCAAGGACGGAGCUAAGGCGAGGGGACUGGAAAACGGAUAGUACCUCCAGCACAGCAAGCAGUGCGAGCAACCGAUCCAGCACCCGGAGCCUCCUCAGUGUAAGCAGCGGGAUGGAGGGGGACAAUGAGGAUAACGAAGUCCCUGAGGUUACCAGAAGUCGUAGCCCAGGCCCCCCACAAGUGGAAGGAACACCCACUCUGACCCUUGAGAGGCCCCCCAGAGUACCUCCAAGAGCUGCCUCACAGAGGCCUCCAACCAGGGAGACCUUCCAUCCUCCUCCACCUGUUCCACCCAGAGGUCGCUGAUCCCACCUCCUAAAACCUGCCUCCGUCCGGACUUCAAGACUUGCCAUUUCAGCCUGUUAAUGAUGUCUUCAUGUUGAGUUUUACAGCAGGACUGCUGACCUUAAGACCUGCUCUCAUGGCUGAUGCUGUUGUGGCCCUGCUGGUUUGGGCUUUCCUUGAAGAAGAGAUUAUGAAGGCAUGAAGAAGUGAAAAACUAAGAACUUUAUUCACCAUCACCAAGUAUAUUGAUUCAUAUCCUUGUUUGCUGGAAGGAUAAAGACUGAAUUGAAUACUUACCUCAAAUUUGGCAUGUCAGAAGCCUGAAAAGAUUGAUCAGAAAUGUACUUUACAAGUGAUUUUACUGAAAUGCACUUAUAUUAGGCCUUACUUACUUGCUAGUCCAGAUUAACUUCUAGAAGUGGUUAUGAUUUAAGACGUACAGUAUUCGGGUAAGGAGAUCUGUUCUGAUUUUUAAAUGGUUCUUCAACUUUUCUGUAGGCUCAGGAGGGUGUCUAAAUGCCAGGCCCAGUCACAUGGAACAAACUGAAAAAGACUUUGGAGACGGAUUAGUCCUAACUCCUUUUAUAUAGAAGGCAAAUCUGAGGUUCCACAGAAACUAAGAGUAUGCAGUUGGUCAGAGGAAGAGAUGUGUUUAGAAUCUGGGUCUCUUAAUUUCAGGUCACCACACUUUCAAUCUCUAGAUAGCCAAUCACUCUCCCUCAAGAAAUGCCCACAUGUAGAAAUUUGGUCACUGAUUAUUGACCUUCCAGAAGUGUCCUUCUUCCCUAUCUCCCAGGCAUGGGACUACCAAGUAUUUUUUUCAAUUUGGGCAUUUAUACUUCAGUAUGCUUUCAAAACAGUAUUGUUGCCAAGGGACAUCUGUAAAUGGUUGGGAACCAGAAGCCUGGGAUACCAAUGACCACAUUUAUUGUUCUGCGGGCUUUAUAGGUCUUAUCAGUUCUGGCCAUAAGGAGAAGGAUCCUUGACUCUUUCUCUGCCAAGAGGUCAGAAGAGAAAGGAAGACUGUAAAAUAGAAACAGUUAUCUAUUUUCUUAUUAUUACCACUAGAUUUGGGAUAUCUGUACAGAGAAUAGAGAGCCAUUAAUGUGUCAUAAUUGUCAUAUGUCACUAAUAUGUCAUUAAUUUUGGGUCACUGGCACAGAAAUUUACCUUUAAAGCACAGAUCCUUAAUUUGAUACUUAAACAUACUGUAAAGUUAGUUCAGACACAUUUCUUUAAAAAUUAUCAGAAAUCUGGUGAUUUUUCAUGAAAUGUAUUCUCUAUUCCACACAGAUACAUACAAGCCACAGUAUUAAUAAUCUAUUUAAGUACAAUUUUAUUGUGUUCUUUUCUAAUGAUUCAGGGUUGUUGUUACUUUUUCCAAUUUCAUUUAUUGGUCCAGCAAACAAGGACCGUAUUGAAAUUAAUAGCUUCUGGGUCGUGGAUCUUUUUUCUGACAUAAAAUAUGCUAUUGGCUGUGGCCAUUAAGAGAGUGUUUGUGCAAAUCACCUACCACAAUGCCUGGCACAUAGUAGCCAUUCUGCAGCCGUUCCUUUACUCUCCUUGUCACUUAUUUGGGAGAAAGAGGGUAAUGUGGGAUAAAGGGAGAACAAGAAAUUAUAAUGUUGGUAUGGUUGUCCUUCCUCUUAUUUAUAGAUGAUCUCUUAAGCACAUUUGAUUUUGAUAAAAGCUACACUUUUUUUAAUAUUCAGUAUCUCUAAGCCCCCUCUUAGAUGUCAAAUUUAGAUUUUUGUACAUUCUCUGAUUAAUAAGCAUUUAGAUCAAUAACAUGGCAAAACGGACUGGCAGCUAAUGGUGUUGGCCUCUUUGUAUGCACAUCACUGUGCAAUACUGGAAUAUUUGAUUACAUUUUAUUCUUCUGUGAAAGUAAGUAGAAAACAUAAUAUUGAAAGUGCUGAUUAGAAACUUGGGUGUGACACAUGUGACACACUUGAGGCGUGGGUGGAAAUGGUCAGGAGUUCAAUGCAUGUCCAAACUGCUCCAUGUCAUCAAAGAAUGUCUCUAAUGAUGAGGUGAAAUUCUUCAUUUUCUGGAAACAGAACUACCCAUUAUACAUUUAUUCAACUUCCACACACCCAACUUUUAGGAAUAUAUUAUGUAACAAAACCAUGGGUUUCAAUAGAGUGAGGAUCAGAAAGUAAAUUGUAAGUAGGUAUCCAAAGGGACUGUUAAAAAAGUUCUCUGUAUGAUGCUUUGGGAAACAACUCAGCCGCCACCAUCCUUCCCCAAGAUUUUUUAUGAGCUGGUUCAAUAGAAAAUGAAGCUAUUAGUCGUAUUCAUGGUCAUUGCCUUUGCUUCUAACUGUACAAGGCACAUUGUCCUCCAGUUCCUAGGCCAGUAUUCUUCUUUCGUCUCCUAUUAAAACCUGUGAGCAGAUAACCCACAAUAUAAGCAACAAAGCACGAAGACUGAGAGACUAUGAACAAGAGGUUGGUGUUGCAAUCAAAUAAUUUAACUUGACAUAUUUAAUGAUGUGAAUAAUCCCUAAUGCUUUGCCAUAAUUAGGCAAAGUGAUAGUAUGUAAAUUACUUCAGUGAGUAGUUUUACAAGUCAAGCUAAGUACUUAUUCUCCCUUCCAUUUUUCUUGCUUUUUACUAAAAAAGGGAGGUUCUAGCCUGUCUUAUGUCACCUCAGUAGUUGGGAUUUUUUAGAUCCCUCUCCCCUAUCCACCAGGAAAUAAGAUGGUUUUCUGUGUUCCUCUUUCAAAGAAUAGUGGUUUUACAGCUGGUUGGCUGAGGAAGCAUUAAUAACAGUUUUAUUUCAGUCUGAGAACCAAUUGUUUUAGGUGAUUGCUUCCUAAAAAGAACUUAGGACAAUUACAAAGCUUUUCCCUGCCUAGAACAUUUCAGCUAGAACAGAAAAGAGAGGUACAAAGUGAUAAAUAGCAAUGGAACUGCCCCACCCCAGAAGUAAAUAACUAGAAAGACAAACAUGACAAAGAAGAAAUAAGAAAUAGAAUUUCAAAGAAAAUUUCAGGUGAUCUGAAACUAGCCCCUAUACAAGGCUUGUCUUGGGCAGCCAUAAGGCAAGUAGAUCUCCUCACCUGCCCACCAGAGUCUUAAAAGUUCAUAUAGAGAGGCCGUAACUGGGUUCAGUCACAUAUACCGCCCAGAGGGUCUCAACACCUUACUCACUCAAGUCUGUUCUUGGAGCAGCUCCCACUUUGGAAAUGGUGGGCAGAGUAUAUAUUCCAAAGACAGGGAAGGGGGUGAGGAUCUUCCGACCGCCAGGGUACAGUGCAAGGGCCAGCUGGUGGUCACAUUCUCUCAGUUACCUUCUCCAACAGUACCUGACAUUGGAAAUCAAAAGAUAGGUUGUUAUUUAUAGACCAAGACUUCUGAAGAUCAUGUUUAUCAAAAUAAAAGAUUGAAAUGGUG